AUGCCCCUUGUGUUUUUCUAUCCAGCAAACAAUAACUUCACUAACACACACACAUCAAACCAACUUAAGACAUCUUUAUCACAUACCUUGACAAAAUUCUACCCUCUUGGAGGACGUCUAGACGUAGCCAACUCCCACGUCAACUGCAACGAUGAGGGCGUUCCAUAUGUAGAAGCCAUAGCCAAAUGCAGUCUCUCAGAGUUCCUUCUUGAUCCACUUCCUAACGAACUUAACAAGUUCAUCCCUUGUGAUUUACAUGAUGUUAAAGACUUUUGCUUACUAGUCCAAGCAAACUUCUUUCAAUGUGGAGGAACGGCUAUUGGUAUAGCCAUUUCUCAUAAGAUAACUGAUGCAUUGUCCACGUUCAUGUUUAUCAAUACCUGGGGAGCUAUUGCAAGAGGGAGUAUCGACGUACCUUGUCCAAGAUUUCAUUCUUCCAUACUAUUUCCACCAAGAGAUAUAACAAAGUUCAAAUCAAGUGUCAUGAUUGAGAAAGACAACAUUGUGACUAAGAGGUUUGUAUUCUCUGCCUCUAAAGUAUCAGCACUCAGAGAUAAGUAUACUGAAAAGGGCAGUGAAAGUACGAAACCUCCCUCGAGGAUUGAAGCUUUAUCAGCUUUCUUAUGGACACGUUUGAUGGCAAGUAUUCAUGCUGAAAGAGAUGAAACUAAGAUAUAUGGCAUGGUUCAUACGGUGAACUUACGUACCAGAAGUAAUCCUCCAUUGCCUGAAUCUUUAUUCGGGAAUGUAAUGCAAGUAAUCAUUACAGUACCAGCUACGAAUAAUAAUAAUAGUACUAAUGAGGAACAAGAUUUUGAGCUAGUGAAAAAAGUGAGAGAAAGUAUAAACAACGUAAACAGUGAAUUUGUCUCAGGUCUCCAGAAGAACGAUCAAAAACACUUGAGUUUCAUCAAAGAGAAAGCAAAUGAGCAGAGGAAAGGGGAGCUAGUCAUGUUCAACUUCACUAGUUUGUGUCGAUUGCCUUUAUACAAAGCUGAUUUUGGUUGGGGAAAACCGAUAUGGGUAGGAUCGGCUAGACUUGUUCUCAAGGAUGUUAUUGGUUUUCUAGACACAAAGUCAGGUAAUGGCAUAGAAGCCUGGGUAAGUCUCAAAGAAGAAGACAUGGCUAUAUUUGAAGCUGACAAGGAAUUGCUUUCUUGGUGUAGUGACUGA